UCCUUCGAAGGCCUCCUACUUCGACUUCAGAGAUUGUAAAAUGAAGAAGUCGCCAUUGCCGGUGCAAAACCUUAGCGGCAAAGAGAAGCAGCGGGGAUGUGGAAAAGAAGCUUUGGUUAAGCUCUUGAGAUGGCAUUUCGGUCAUCCAGAUUUCAGAGGCAAACAGUUGGAAGCCAUCGAAGCCGUUUUAUCAGGAAGAGAUUGUUUUUGUCUGAUGCCGACUGGAGGAGGAAAAUCAAUGUGUUAUCAAAUCCCUGCGCUGGCUAAAACGGGAAUUGUGCUCGUCGUUUCUCCAUUGAUAGCUUUGAUGGAAAACCAAGUAAUGGCAUUGAAAGAGAAAGGAAUUGCUGCUGAAUUUCUCUCCUCAACUCAAACGUCACAGGUGAAGAACAAGAUUCAUGAAGAUCUUGAUUCUGGACAACCAUCUUUACGCUUGCUUUAUGUGACACCCGAGUUAAUUGCCACUUCAGGGUUUAUGUCAAAGCUGACAAAGAUUCAUGGCAGAGGAUUGUUAAAUCUCAUUGCUGUAGACGAGGCACAUUGCAUCUCAUCUUGGGGCCACGAUUUCAGGCCUAGCUAUUCUAAGCUUUCAUCUUUGAGGAACAGUCUACCAGAUGUAGCAAUAUUGGCUUUGACUGCCACUGCUGUUCCUAAAGUCCAGAAGGAUGUGAUAGACUCCUUAAACUUGCAAAACCCUUUAAUCCUUAAAUCAUCUUUCAACCGUCCAAAUAUAUAUUAUGAAGUUCGAUACAAAGAUCUUUUGGAUGAUGGUUAUGCUGACUUGUGUAAUGUGCUCAAAUCUGCUGGGGAUGUCUGUGGAAUUGUUUACUGCCUUGAACGGGCAACUUGUGAUGACUUGUCCACCCAUCUCUCCAGAAAUGGAAUUUCCUGUGCUGCCUAUCAUGCAGGGCUAAAUAAUAAAUCGCGGAGCUCUGUUUUAGAUGAUUGGAGUUCUUCCAAGAUACAGGUUGUUGUGGCCACAGUAGCUUUUGGAAUGGGCAUAGACAGAAAGGAUGUCAGAAUAGUUUGCCAUUUUAAUAUCCCGAAGUCAAUGGAAGCCUUCUAUCAAGAGUCGGGUAGAGCUGGUCGUGACCAAUUGCCUUCAAGAAGCUUGUUAUACUAUGGAAUGGAUGAUCGAAAAAGGAUGGAAUUUAUUCUUAGCAGUGCUGAGAGCAAGAAACUGCAAUCAUCAAAUUCACAACAUGGGUUUUCAAAAAAGUCAAUGUCUGAUUUUAAUCUGAUGGUUGAAUAUUGUGAAGGUUCCAGAUGUCGUAGGAAAAAGAUUCUUGAGAGCUUUGGGGAAGAGGUAUCUGCAUUGCUAUGUAAAAAAUCAUGUGAUGCCUGCAAACAUCCAAACCUUAUCACCAAGUGUCUGGAAGAGCUCGCAUCUGCUUGUGCUGUUCGGCAGAGAAAUGGUUUUUCAAGAAUCUUAAUGAGCAGCUCCACAGAUGCCAUUGAUAAUGCCCAGUUCUCAGAAUUCUGGAAUCAUGAUGAUGAAGCAAGUGGCUCUGAGGAGGAUAUAUCUGAUUCUGACGAUGGAUUUGAGCUUGCAAAGAGCAUAUCCAGAUGCAAAGUUUCGAAAAAAUCUGGGAUAAAUGAGAAGAUUGAGUUCUUGCAGCGUGCAGAAGAGAACUAUUAUCAGAACAAAGCCCCUGAUAAACAGACCAAUAAACCUGACAAAAAUGCCAUAUCCGAAAUGCUGAGAGAAUCAAGCAAGCAAAGAUUGUUAGAUGCCCUGAAGCAGGCCCAUCAGCGGCUUGGUGACUUGAAGGUCGAUUUUGAAGCAUCUUCAACUUUCCUUGAAAGUGAGUGCUUUAAGAAAUAUGGGAAGAGCGGGAAAUCAUUUUAUUAUUCUCAAGUGGCAAGCACGGUAAGGUGGCUAUCAACCACAAGCUCUGUCGAGAUAACAAAUCGGGUUGCUACCGGUACCACUUCCCAUGAGAACAGUACGCGUAAGGAAAAUCCACCUUUAACAGCGUCAACCAAGUUUGUUCAAAGAGAAAAAGAAAUUAUUGGUGAACAACAUUGUGGCAACAUUGAGUUAGAGACUUCAGCAAGUGCUUUGCCUCUGCAAAAUCCUUCGCCAAGUACUAAGCUGCCCACAAUUCCAUCUUUCUCACAGUUUGUCAACAACAGAAAGUCAAAAGAAACUCAACCAAAUGCAUCAGAGAAGCAUUCACCAAAAAGCCUAGAGACAAAUAUGAAGAAGAGAAUGAGGUUGCAGUAGGGUUGAGUGUCCAAGAUUUUCUGUUACUUACAUUUCAUUGCGUUUCACCGUCGAAAGCAUCGCAAGUCCCCCAUUGCUAGCCUGCUCAUGUGUUAAUUAUCAGGACAUGCUUCUGACUCCUUUGGAAAGGGUGACCAUCUCCAUUACUCAACAACUUUCUUUCUUUCCGGGGUUUGGGGGUUGAACUAAGGGCAGGCACACUGCUAAAGUUUUCGGUUUACACAGUGCCAAGUUUGCCAAAACCCAAAAUGUUUUUCUCGUAGGUAAGGGCACUAGGCUGUAGGCCGGCCCUCCCCUAGCUGGCUGUGGACCCUAAAAUGAUACAAGAGCUGGACCCGACUGCUGACAUACAGCCAUGAAAAGAACAUAGGAAGCUUCUCUCCCAUGUCUUUCAGUA